CUACAAUAAAUUAUAUCCAGGAUUAUCAUGCUGUUGUUUUCAAUAAGGUCAAAGUUGCUACCUAAGCUUACUCCAAUCUUGGCACAUGUAUUUUCACACUAAAUAAAUAUUCCAAUAAUUCAUUCAUUUUUCAUACAACAAAACUAACCAACUCCAUUGAAAAUAUAAACUAUCUCUUACACCAAAAACCCAACCAUUUCCAACUCAUUAGAUCACAAAUAUAAGCAUUUUAACCAAACCCACAAAAUUAAACCAAAAAUGGCUAAUAAGCCUAAUACACAACCUCAAAUAAACCACAAUUAUACUAAUGUUAAUAAUAACACUAUGUCAUCAUUAUCUUCUUCAUCAUGGGGUAUUAGAACUAGCUUUCAACUCCUAACACCACUUAUCCUUCUUGUUCUUGUCAUCUCUAUCUUCUACUUCACCCAAGACGACAACGGAUCGAGUCUCAACAAACUCGAUCCGUUGUCUCCAUUGUCAUCGCCAUCAUUGUCGCCGCCUUUGGUAAACAACAAUGAGGUUAUUAGGAAUAAUAACAAUGAUACAAGAAAGGAAGAAGUAGAAAUGUUGCAAAAAAAGUGUGAUUAUUUUUCGGGAAAAUGGGUGUUUGAUAAUGAAACAUACCCUUUAUAUGAUGGGAAAAGGUGUGAAUUUUUAUCAGAUCUUUUGGGUUGUGAGUAUUUUGGACGUCAAGAUUUGAGUUAUCAAUAUUGGAGAUGGCAACCUCACCAUUGUGAUCUUCCAAGGUUCAAUGCCACAGCAUUGCUGGAGAGGCUAAGGAACAAGAGACUUAUGUAUGUUGGAGAUUCUUUGAAUAGAAAUCAAUGGGUCUCUAUGAUGUGUUUGGUGGAUUCCUCAAUUCCUUCUUCUCUCAAAUCCAUGCAAAUCAAUGGUUCCUUAUUCACCUUCAAAGCCAUUGAGUACAAUGCGACGAUAGAGUUCUAUUGGGCCCCAUUGUUGGUGGAGUCCAAUGCAGAUGACCCAUUUAAACAUCGAGUUGGGGAUAGAAUAGCCAGAACUCAAGCAAUUGAAAUGCAUGCCAAACAUUGGACUCACGCUGACUUCCUCAUUUUUGACUCUUAUUUGUGGUGGAGAGUUCCUUUCAUGAAAAUCUUGUGGGGAACCUUUGAAAGUCCAGACGGAGUAUACAAAGAUGUAGAAAUGUUAAAGGGUUACGAAAUGGCAUUGAGGACGUGGUCUGAUUGGCUGGAAAUUCAUGUCAACCAUUCUAAAACUCAGAUUUUUUGGAUGAGCUUGUCUCCUACUCAUGAAAGGAGUGAAGAAUGGGGAAGUACAGGCAGUCCAAACUGCUACGACGAAACACAACCAAUAAUGAAGCAAGAUUACUGGGGAAGUGGAUCAGACCCAAAUAUGAUGAAAUUAGUUGAAGAAGCAAUUGAGAAUUUGGGGAAAAAGGGGUUAAAUAUUGAAUUACUCAACAUAACUCAACUAUCGGAAUAUAGAAAAGAUGCACACCUGUCGAUAUAUAGAAAAUUUUAUGAUCCUCUGACGAAAGAACAACUAGCAAACCCUAGUGGGUAUGCUGAUUGCUUUCAUUGGUGUCUUCCUGGUGUACCCGAUACUUGGAAUGAAAUCCUCUACGCUUACAUUUUUAGUUCUUUGUGACACGUAGAAAAUAUACAUACAUCAUGUAAAUAGGAAUGAUUUUUUUGUAUGAGAGGUAAGAAAGAUUCACGAAGAACAUCAAUACACAAAUAAUUUAUUUUA